CUCUCUCUCUCUCUCUCUCUCUCUCUCUCUCUCUCUCUCUCUCUCCUUCGCUUCUGUGUUAAGCUGAGCCGUUAGCCGUUUAACAUCUCUCAUCCUAGAACGCCGUCGUUUUCAGCUAUGGCGUUGAGCUCAGCUACUCUUAGACCAUUCUUGUCGUUCUCGGCGAAGAAGACGAAUCGAAACAUUAGGAAUCCAUCUCUCUCCUUCGCCAUCACUUGCUCAUCAUCCUUUGACGAACCAUCGAAACCUUCUUCUUCUUCUACUCCACCUAUUCGCGUCUCCUCGAGUGCUGCCCCUAAAGCUCGAUUCGUCGCUCGUCAGAAACAGUCCGUCUCCGUGCGCCAGCUCCAACGACCUCUAAUCGAGUAUAUGAGCUUACCUGCAAGUCAGUACUCGGUGCUUGAUGCGGAGAGGAUUGAGAGAGUUGAUGAUAACACGUUCAGAUGCUAUGUUUAUACCUUUAAGUUCUUCAACUUCGAAGUCUGCCCUGUUUUGCUUGUCAGGGUCGAAGAACAGCCUAAUGGCUGCUGCAUCAAGCUCUUGUCCUGCAAGCUUGAGGGAUCUCCUGUUGUGGUUGCUCAAAAUGACAAAUUCGAUGCUUCUAUGGUAAACCGGGUAUCAUGUGAUGGCACUCAGGAGGGCUCAUCAGAGCAACAGAUUACAUCAGAUGCAGUCAUUGAGGUCAAUAUCGAGAUUCCUUUUGCAUUUAGAGUCUUCCCAGUGGGAGCAAUAGAAGCGACGGGGACACAAGUUCUUGACCAAAUUCUUAGACUCAUGCUUCCUCGAUUUUUGUCUCAGCUCUCAAAAGACUAUCAAGCAUGGGCUUCUGGAGAUACUUCAAGGCAACCUCUUGGGACUGGCGAGAUCUGAUAUCUACCUUGCCUGGUUCAGAGCACAUGUACCUCCUCGAGUUCGCAUCCGGAGAUUAACAAGUUCUCCAUCUUAUUCAAAUGUGUUCUUUGGGUAUUAUGACGACAAAUGAAUUUGUAUUCCCUGGAAUAAUUGUUAAACCUUUUCAAUAGAAGAUGUUUGUUUGUUCCACUC